AUGCAAUACCUCCUACUCUGUGUUGCCAUCCUCCUACCUGAGAGUCUUGCUUUUCCAGUAAAAUUAGAAGCAAGAUGGAACAACACAGCCUUUGAGGCUAUAAAGACAUAUCUUGAUAGAUUUUUCCCAAUUCACACAAAAACACCAAAACCAAAAUUAGAAGAGAGGAUUAAAGAACUGCAGAAGUUUUUCCACCUGACUGUUACUGGAAAAUUAAACACAGAAACAGAAGCAAUACUGAAGCUGCCCAGAUGUGGACUCCCUGAUAUAGCAGACUACCAAACAUUUCCUGGAACUCCAAGAUGGGGAAAGAGACAUUUGACUUACAAGAUUGUUAAUUAUACACCUGAUCUACCCCGAAACAAAGUGGAUGAUGCAAUUAAAAGGGCUUUUAUGGUAUGGAGUAACGUGACUCCGCUGCAGUUCCGAAGACUGUACUCUGGUACUGCAGACAUUGUGAUUGCAUUUGCACGCCGUGAGCAUGGUGAUGGAUAUCCUUUUGACGGAAGAGGUAACACACUAGCUCAUGCAUUUGCACCUGGAGAUAAUAUUGGUGGAGAUGCUCAUUUCGAUGAUGAUGAAAAGUGGUCAGACACCAACCAAGAAAUUAAUUUGUUCCUUGUUGCUGCUCAUGAAUUUGGCCAUUCUUUGGGACUUGCUCAUUCAAACGUUCCUGAAGCUCUCAUGUACCCUAUCUACAGAUACAAGAACCCAGCAAAUUUCAAACUUUCAGAGGAUGACAAGAAAGGAAUUCAGAAGUUAUAUGGGAAAAGGUCAUCAAACUUUUGAAGAAAACGCAUCAAGAAGACCAAAGAGUUCAUAUGUGGUUGUUUUGGUGUUCCAAAACCAUUUUAAUCCUCUAGCUAAUUAAAGUGGCAAACUCCUGGACUGCACUUUC